AUGCUGGUGUUCGCUGCCGCAGCCCACCAACAUCAACACCAACAUCAGCACCAACAUCAACCACCGCCGCCAACGCACUCGACGAGCCACUACAUCCACGUGGCCGCGGCGUCGACGUCCCUGCAGGAGCGAGCCCUACACAAGAUCGCCGCGCUCAACGACCUGGCCCAUCGACACCACCAGCCUCAGGCGCCUCAUCAGUCACACCACCAACCUCAGCCGCAGGGCCGCCUAGCCACGCAGCCCGUGUCUCCCACGGCGAUCCGGCUCCACCGCCAGCUGUGCCAGCAGCUCGAGCAGAAGCAGAAGCAGAAGCAGCAGCAGACCCAACAGACCCAGCAGCAGACCCAGCAGCUUGAACAGCAGAAGCAGAAGCAGCAGCAGCAGCAGCAGACCCACCAGGCUGCGAAGAAAGUACCGUCGCCACGGCGCCAGCCCUCGCCGACGACCCAGACGCCGUACGGCGCGUUCCGCAAGCAGAAGAAGCAGCAGCACCAUCAGCAACAACAGCCUCCUCCUCUUCCGCCGCUGCCGCCGCACUCGCCGCCGCCGAUUGCUGCGCGGCCGCCGCUCCCUCCCUCCUGCUCGCCGACUCGGGUCCAACUGUUCCGCCGCGGAGAGCCCCGCAUCCAUUUGAGUUGCAACAACAUCAAGCCCUUCGUGAGCCACCUGGAGGGGACCCGGCACAGGCUCGCGCGAUCCUACGCCACCGAGGCAGAGAGGGAGAACGACACGCGGGUGCUGGAAGCGGCAAGGACCCAGCUGGAGGCAAAUACGAAGCAGCCGAGGACGAGGACGAAGGUGAGAGGAGGAGCCAGUCGGCCAACGACGACCGAUUCGGCGGCCACCGGCGAGAGGGAUCAACCGAACGCGCGCCAGCAGCGGCUCCUCGGCAAGCGGGUCAAGACCGAGCCGACCGACAGUGACAACGACGCGCAGCACGACCGAGAGCACGAGCACGAGAUCAAGCACGAACGCCUCGAAGACCUCAAGAAAGAGGAGAAAGAUGAGGAGGAGGAGGAGGAGGAGGAAAAAGAGGAGGACGAAGAGGGUGUCGAUGAAGAAGAGACGGAGGACGAAGAAACAGAGGAUGAAUGCGAUCAGGGAGUUGAUGACUCGUCGAGCAACGAUGAAGCUGAGGAGGAGGAGGAGGAGGAGGGGGCCGAGCGAAAGACGAAGCGAAGACGAACGGAGAACAGCACAAGUGGAGAUGGGGCGAAGGGUGGUGGUGAUCGCGGCGCCGUUCCCGACGGGUUGGUGCUACGGGAGGUGAAGCUCGAGAAGGCGAGCGAGAGCGACGCGGAGGAGCCGCGAAUGGACCACUACUACGCCGAAGCCGUCGGGAACAAAGGCGAAGACAAGAGAGCUACCCAGGGCACGGAAACGGAAAGGGGACUCGACAAGGAGGCGAGCGUGAAGAUGGACCACGACCAGCCAGCGACUACCACAACCACGACCAACACGACAGGCUCCCACGAUCAGCCGCAACAAGCGGAGGCGUUGUUCGACCGUGCUCUGCCGGUCGAUGCGUUCCUCGAGCUGAUGGGCCUGCAGUGA